AUGGGAAUCUUACAAAGUCGCCCGAUUAGCCAAGACGAAGAAGCCAACCAAGGAGGCAAUCGACUAAAUAAAUCGAACUCUGGAUCAGGAUGUUACUUUGGCAACCAUUUCGUACUAGGUGGAGAAAGAUUCGAAACUAAUCAGCCUGAAGGUUUCCUUUUUGGAAAUUCCAACGAUCUAAGAUUCUUGGGAAAUCAUCCUACUCCGUUUCCUUAUCGCGUUCCGAAAUCUAAUGAACCAAAUAAAGCCCUACGAAGUUUAAUACAUGUCAGGAAGGAUUCUUUAAAAUUAAGCAGAUGCACAGAGACAGAUAGGGAUCAAAAUAACAGAUACCACCUUGAAUUUACCUUCGAUGCUGAUAUCAAUUGCGCGAUUAGAAUUUUUUACAUCGCAAAAGAGGAAAUAUCUAAUGGAAAUCUGAUAUACACACCGAAAUCUCAAAAUUUGGCGUCUCCCAAGUUUUACUAUGAAAAGGGAUCGAAUCAACAUUUUAAUCAGUCUAGAAAACAUUCUAUCAAUCUUCAUGAUCUCGAAAAUGAUGAGCUUACUGUUUCAAUACCCAUGGGCGACAAAGGGAAUAUCGUCUAUCCUGUAGUUAUUCAAAUAGAUUCUGACGACAAUGAAGACCUUGUUAAUCAUUCUCAAGUGACGUUUGCAACUUUUGAGAAACUCCAAGGCGACAUAUAUACUGUGAAGCCCCUGAAACAGAAGCAGAUGGUUGAUGGAAUUUGGUUCUUAAUCCAAGAAAUUUACGGCAUAGAGAAUAAAAAUAUUCGUGAGGAUGAGGAAACCGGAGAUGCUACGGGUGAUCAAAUAGACGAUGCGUCCGAUGAUUGUGUCGUUUGCUUAAGCAAGAAAAGAAAUACAAUCAUUCUUCCUUGUAGACACCUGUGUUUAUGUAGUGAAUGUGCAUUUCGGGCAUUACUUGGCAUUCAGGCUUAUCGCCACAAAAGUGAAAUUAAGAAUAAGCAGAAAUCUCGUAAUAAUCGCAAUGGAUUCGAACCUACCCCAUUAGUUGAGAUUUUAAAUGGCUCAAAAGCAACGAAAUCAAAUGGUACCCGAGUAACCGUGAUUGACUCGAAUUGUUCUACAGAACCUCGAUUUUCAAGCUUGACGCUAAUCCAGUCCGUUGAGGAAUCUACAUCAGCAGACAAUAUUCAAACUGAAUGCCUAACAGAAAGUAAAAUAGAAUCAGCUGGAAAGAAAUACUCCACAACAGAUUCUGCUAUUUUAAGAAGUACCAGCAAGAUUAGUAUUACUGUUCCUCCUGAUAAAGAUACAAACUACAAUGAAACUAUCUUUCAUAACACGAGUGAAGUAUCAGAAAGAGAGGAACUUACUAAUAGAGGCAGCUCGAGUGAGACUGGAAAGAGUAAAAGUAAAUAUCGCUCUACGGAGCUGAAAGGCGAUAGCAGACACCGAGGGAAAGCUAGCGAGGCCAUCUCUAGACGUCACUCCACCGAUGCCAAUUUAGGAACUAUUGAUGCCGAUUCGUCUUGGCAAGCUGCUGCUGUGACGCAAGUUAUUGCCCCAUUAGACAUAACAAGCGAAAAUACUAACGAAGGCUAUUCAUAUAAGGAAAAUAUCGAUAACACUGAGGGUGCGCCAUCAGCAAUUGUAACUGUUCACGACUCUCCCAGAUCUUAUGAUGUGUAUGUCCCAACAGAUGAAACAGAUUAUAAUUGCAGUACGCGAUGCACUUCAGUAAAUUGUUCGACGAUCGAUGUUGCAUCGGAUGGCACUUCAGAUACUAAUAGCGUAGACAGCGUCUUAUCUGUUCAAAACAAUAACCUCCACUGCGGUAGGGCAGUCUCUGCCCCCGCUAGAUCAAAGCCAACGACCAUUCAGAUACAAUCAAGGAAUACUGGUGGUGGUUCUUCAGAGAAUCUGGCGAAUGUUGUAUGUAAUAUACAAAAUAGCAGUAAAGAACCUGCAAUCUUUGCAGUUGGAAGUAAUACUUUUGCUAUAGUUAAUAGGAUAUUACAAGAUAAUAUCAAAUUCUGUUAUGCUGUAAGAUGCUAG